AUGACCGACGCAAAAUCGAAACGUGGUGUGCCGUUGGAGGACCCGCAGCUCAACACCGACUUCACGUACAACUUGGACUCGUGCGUGGUGCAGGGUUCGCGGGAGGACAGGGACACGACGGCUACCGGACAGGGCGUAGUGGAACGCGUGUGGAUCACGAGCCGGCCGCCGAGGCUGGGCCACGGCGUCGAGCCGACGGUCACUGCGCGCCGUACGUACGUGAUGCUCACGCACGUGCAGGGCCAGAUGAUCGACACCGGCGAGAUGAUCUGCAAAAAGGUGUGCACGGUUGGCGGCAAGGAAGACUCGGUCAACACGGCCGCCGCCGCCAACCCCAACAAGCAGGCGUCGUCGUGUCCCCGCGGUCAGCCGUGUGACUGA